CGCUUCUUGACGGAUGUGAUGACACGGAAAGAUUUUUCAUCUCAAUGUGAUUGAUCGACAGUGAAGAGCGCACGAUUACAGAGGAGCCAGCGAGUCUUCCUGAAACUAUGACUUGGUGCCCCUGAAGGAUUCGUGUGUUAAACAUCUUGUCAUCUUCUUCCAUGGGUUCUCGCAGCCAAGGCUUCUUCCCCCACAACCGCCACCAUCAUCAUCAUCGUAGCUCCUCCACGGCGCCCCUGCCGUCGUCGUCGGUGCCCCGGCUGCUUCCCGAGGGCGGCAUGGCCCAGAUCACGCCGGGCCUGUUCCUUAGCCGCGGCAAUGUAGCAUCCGACCGCGGCCUGCUCCUGGCCAAGGGCAUCACGUGCGUGGUCAACGCCACGCUGGAGCUGCCCAACUUCAACUGGCCGCACGUGGAGUACGUGAAGGUGCCGCUGGCCGACGCGCCGCACUCGCCCAUCUCGCUCUACUUCGACGGCGUGGCCGACAAGAUCCACACCGUGGGCCGCAAGCGCGGAGCCGUCCUGGUGCACUGCGCGGCGGGCGUCAGCCGCUCCGCCUCGCUGUGCCUGGCCUACCUCAUGAAGUACCACCGCGUGUCGCUGGCCGACGCCCACGCCUGGGUCAAGGCCCGCCGCCCCGUCAUCCGGCCCAACGGCGGAUUCUGGCGCCAGCUCAUCGAGUAUGAACGCAAGCUCUUCGGAAGGAACUCGGUCAAGAUGGUGCAGACGCCCUACGGGGUCAUCCCAGACAUCUACCAGAGGGACCGCCGCAGUCUGGCUCCCUACUGGGGACUGUGAAAACCCCGAAACCUCCCUCUCGUGGGACUGUGGUGGGAGGGAGGGGACCAGGACACGGGUGCGGUCUAUUUCCUGGUGUGGGCUGUGCUCGUCAUGACCAAGCUCGCAACUUGCCUUGACUUGCAAGUUGAUUUCACUGCGUGACCCCGUUUGUUACUCAAGUCAUGUUUCCCCUCUAAAAUGAAUGGGAUAUGCCUUGAAUCCGCUCCAGCCCUCCAUAAAACGCCACCAAAUAUUCAUCUAACGAGUUGUUUAGUAAAACUUGUAAGUUGUGGUAUCACUGUAGCAUAUCAUAUCAACUUUCACCAUUGAAAUGAGUUAAAAUGUCGUUAAUCUACUCCAGCCCACCAAAACCCACCCUCGUAUUUUUGAAAAAGGAAUAAUAUCGCUAUUGUAAAAUACACAUUACAGAAUGUAUGGUACUAUUUUAGAUAGCACUGUACAAUGGUCAAUUUACAGUUAAAAGUAUUAAUAUAUGCAACGGGGUGUCAAUUGUUCAUUGCAGGGCUCAAUUCUCAGCCCCCUGCCAAUAUUGGGGGUUCACUGUACACAAAUGACACAAUAAUACUACAUACUACAAAGACUUAUAUUCAAGUGUAUUGUUUCCACCAAGCAUGGCAGUGUCACACUUUAUUUACAUUUACACACUUCUGUUAUAUUGGACCAAUUUCUUGGCAUCCUUUUAUUUUGGUACCAACAAUAAGUAAAAUAAUCCUGACGACAUUGAAAGAAAACCAACGUUUUCAUUGUCUUCUCUUGAAUUCCUGUGUCGUGUCCAACCUUUAUAUUUUCAAAACUCCACACAUGCACCAUUUUUCCAGCCCCUUUUUAAAUGUUCAAUCCCAACUGGUGUGAACAGUAAAGCCUUUGUGGAAACAUGAUUGGAUUUAGUCAGAAGUAAAAAUAUUUUUAAAAAAUCUACUUUUUUAAAGGAAACAAUCUGGGAGGAAAAAAGAUGUCAAUACUAAGUUUCAGAGGAAGUUCCUGUGUAGCACAGGACUGACAGUUCUGUCACAUGUUCUUGUCGUGCUAUUUCAGUGCUGUGGCGUUCAAAGUGGAUAUCUAAUAACAAAUGUUGAUUCACGUUUGGCUUUUUGUGAGCCAAACUACAAGCACGAAAAUAACUGAUGAUUAAUUAGGAUUUUAGCUGUAGUUUAGUCUGAAAUCUGACAACAAAUGAAGAGCUUGUGCCGAUGUUUGUGUUUGAAUUUGAAAAAAAAAAAAAAUAAAGACU